AUGGCUUUAUUGUUUUUCAAAGUAUUCGCCAUGAUGGUCGAUACACUUUUUCAUGCGCUUGAACCAAUCGUCAUAGCAUUUAUUCCAUUCCGCAUCAUUGGACUCUUGAAUGCAUUCACACCUCAACGCACAUUAGAAGAAUUCCAAGAUGUGUAUCUUGUCAUGGAACUCAUGGACGCUAAUUUGUGUCAGGUCAUUCAGAUGGAUCUGGAUCACGAGCGCAUGUCAUAUUUACUCUACCAAAUGUUAUGCGGAAUAAAACACUUGCAUUCCGCAGGUAUUAUACAUAGGGACUUAAAGCCAUCCAAUAUUGUCGUCAAAUCGGAUUGCACACUAAAGAUAUUAGACUUUGGUCUAGCUCGUACAGCUGGCACAACAUUUAUGAUGACGCCAUACGUUGUGACGCGAUAUUAUCGGGCACCUGAAGUAAUUCUAGGAAUGGUCUACACCGAAAACGUCGAUAUUUGGUCCGUUGGUUGUAUAAUGGGAGAAAUGAUUCGUGGCGGUGUUCUUUUCCCAGGCACAGAUCACAUUGACCAGUGGAACAAAAUUAUUGAACAAUUGGGUACACCGUCAGCACAAUUCAUGCAAAGACUUCAACCUACUGUGCGUAAUUACGUUGAAAAUCGUCCCCGAUACGCGGGCUACAGUUUUGAUCGUUUGUUUCCUGACGUUCUAUUUCCAAGUGAUUCAAAUGAGCACAAUCGAUUGCGAGCAUCACAAGCACGGGACUUGCUUAGUCGUAUGUUAGUUAUUGAUCCAGAGCACCGGAUUUCAGUCGAUCAAGCGCUAGUGCAUAGUUACAUAAAUGUAUGGUACGAAGAGAGCGAAGUAAAUGCGCCAGCACCAGGUCCCUAUGAUCAUAGCGUGGAUGAACGUGAGCACACUGUCGAACAAUGGAAAGAGUUAAUCUAUCAAGAAGUAAUGGAAUAUGAAGCGCGAGCGGAAGCGAGACCGGAAGGAGUGGACGGAAAUGCACGAUAGAGCAAUAGCUUCCCAAAUGACAGUGAAAAACAGCUAUUUGGUGGUCUCAUCACUAUCUAUUACUGUCAAUUUAUUCGAAGGCUUUUCAUGCAAAUCGAUAAAAUAUUCACAGUAAUAAUAUGUGAAAUAGAGUGUUUUUGAGGAAUGUAUUGUAAGCUACAUAAAUAAUAAUUUAUAUUCUAUAUUAAUGCAUUAUCUUUGAACAAAUCAUGAUAAUGAUUAUUACCCAACAUGUAAACCAGAGUUAAAACAAACAAAAAAAUACUUAAAAUUUGGAUAAACAAUAAACUUAGACAUGUUAAAAUGAUUAUUAUUAAACAGAACCUAUACAUGCUUAGGACUUUUAAUACAUUUUUUGUAUAUUGUAAAUAAAGUGAAAAAUAAAUAAAUAUGAAAAGCAAGAGCUGAAAAACUGAA